AUGGCUUGUAACAGUUGUUACCGCGCUGAUGCUGAGAGUGAAAUUGUUGUUGUGAACCCUCCCUUUGAAUAUCCAUCACUAAUGAAAGGAAGAAAUAGAAGAAUCAAUGUUUCCAUCACAAGCCGGAACACACUGAGGAAAAAAAGGGGCCUCUUUCAUAGUAGUGUUCCACUAAACAAAGGCUCUUCUUGCAUGUGCGCCCGGUGA